AAGACUAGUUGUCGUGUCUCAGGCUGACUCGCCUCUCCGCUCUCUUCCCUCCCUUCUCCCAUCUGGAGGGGCCUCUCCCUCUUUCUGGAAUCAGAAUAAUUCGUCAGCAUCUCUCGCUCUCUGUUUUCUCACCAAAUUUUGUAAAUUAUGCAUAAAUAUAAAUAUAGAUCAGACCUUUAGGAUUAAUUAAAAAGCUUUUUAUUCCAAGAACCCGUCUUUCUUUCCUUCCAGUAUUAUUCCAUGGCUGCUACAAUUUUCGAAAUCGCCCAUCAAGAGCAACAACUCACCGACUCUCUUCAAGAUCUAUCCAUCCACGACCAGAGUGAGAUGAUGGAGGAAGAGAAAAUGAAGGGUAACGGUACUUGUGCAGCAGGGGAGAUGACUUCAGUGGGAUGUGAGAGUAGCAGUGGUGUUGCUGACAGUCAUUUUGAUAACAAUAGUCCCCAUCAUGAUGGAGUUUGUGCAAUUUGUUUGAAUCAUAUUAUUCUUCAGGAAACUGCACUUGUAAAAGGUUGCGAGCAUGCCUACUGCGUGAACUGCAUACUGCAUUGGGCAUCUUACAAGAAGGAACCUACAUGUCCCCAGUGCAAACAACCAUUUGAGUCUCUCAAUAUUCAUCGGUCCCUUGAUGGAAGCAUUCAUGAUUAUAUGUUCGAGGAGAGUGUGUGUCUCCUCCUAAGAGCCACAUGGUACAAGCCCUUGAUUGUGGAGGAAAGGGAUGAGGUGGAAGAUGACAUGGGAUAUUUCUAUUCCUAUGCCUACGAAGAUGAAGAAGAAGAAGAGAUGGAUGAGAUUUACUUUGGUGGUUCAUCGAGUAUACGGAUUGGUAACAGAAGAUGGGGGGACAAUGGUUAUGUUCGAGCAGGAAGGCAGGAAGCUAGGCCAAUUCCUCGCCCCAAUACCCAAGAAUCUGGGGCAGGACCAUCUCGCCAGCCUAGAAAGAAAGAAACUGCAGCUGCAAGAGAAUCGCCAGCAGUGGGCCGAAGGGCUAAAAGGGCUCUGAAGCGUGAAGCUGCCGAUAAAGCAGCUGCUGCAAAGCAUCAGCAGCAUUUGGCAAGGUUGGGUCGCAAGUGAGGUUGCAUUGAAGCAUGAAGACCUAUCUUUGGCCUGAAGACGCCUGCUUCACGAGCUUUAAGACCUUUGUCUGAAUCAUCAAACUUGUACAGAAUUUUACCGCUUUAUUCUGAAUCAAUAAUUUAGCAGAUGCUGAUGACUCGAGUAUGUGAUUGGAUGUACUCGUAAUUGGGCUAAAUAGUUAACUGCCCCUUCUGUAUUUAUUCAAGAUUUCAAUCCUUUGAUUGACCUAGUUAUUCUACCUCAAA